AUGGCUAUUCCAGCACUCAAGUCUCCAAUGGGUGCAUGGGAGAAGUUGCAGAGUGAGCAGUAUGCACAUGACCCAAUCAUGCAGAAGGUUCUCCAAGCAGGCCUGAACAAGAUGAACUGCUACUAUUUCAAGAUUGAGAAGAGCAACACCUAUGCAAUUGCAAUGAUCCUCACCCCCACCAAGUACCUCAGGACAUGGUGGAAAUCUAUCUAUCAGUCAGCACCUUUUGAGCUGGACAAUAGGCCUCUCCCCAAGGAUGCUGACCUCUGGGGCAACAUGUAG